GAUCUCUAUCCUUCGAGCCUCCCAAAUCCCAUCACUUCUCACAACUUUUCGUUAUCUUACUACAGCCAUAAGAUGGACCUUCCAGCCGUAAAACUAACUAUUACCUCUCCCUCCCCUACAACCCCUUCUGAUCCUCCUCCCGUGUCCCCAUACCUCCCCACACCUCCUCCCGAGGCCCUUCUCCCUUCUUCCCUCGCCGCAGUUUACGUUCCAACCCCUAUCCACCCCACUGCGCUAGCAUACGCCAAGACGAAGUUCGCUCGCGUCAUCCCUUCGCAUGAGAUGAGCCCCGAAGAAGCUUGGCCAUUGACAAACGGUGUGAUCUGUCGAGCUAACCUUAUUACGAGAGAGAUGUUGGAUAAGGAAGGCAAGUUAAUGGGUUUGGCCAUUGUAGGUGUCGGGUAUGACAGUAUUGAUAUUGAGGGUUGCAAGGAGAAGGGCGUCACACUGAUGAACUGUCCGGGCGAGAACUCCCAGGUCGUUGCUGAGCUUACAUUGUCGCUCACUCUCGCUCUCCUUCGUCGAGUGCCCGAGCUUGACCGUCGCCUUCGUGCUGGAGAAACCAUGUUGUCUAUUAACAACCUCGGUAGAACGUUGAGAGGUAAAGUAGUAGGAAUGGUUGGCAUAAGUGCCACUGCCCGUCGAGCUGCCGCUAUCUUCCAUCAUGCGUUUGACUGCACCAUCCGCACCUUCUCACCCACCUCGCCUCCUACGCGGUGGUCUCCCUCCCAUCCCUCUGGCCCACUCCCUCACACUCGUCAUUCCUCCUUAUCAUCCAUGCUCCCUCUCAUUGACAUCCUGACUCUUCACUGCCCACUCACUCCUUCUUCGCGCAAUAUGAUCUCUACCGGACAACUGCGGAUGAUGAAAAAAGGUAGUGUCUUGGUCAACUUGUCGAGAGGCGUUGUGGUGGAUGAGGUUGCCUUGGCGGACGAGUUGAGAAGGGAACAAAAUGAUGAUGCAGGAGUUAGGAGAGUAUGGGGAGCGGCGAGUGACGUCUUUGUAGUAGAGCCCAUUAGAUAGGAUGUCGCCCACGGGUUACUGGAGCUCAAUAACUUCAUUGGAACGCCUUAUAUCACCGUGGAAGCCCAAAUCGAUGUGUGUCUUCAGGCUAUCGACCAGCUCGUACAGUUUUUUGACCGUUAUCCGGUGAAAAAUCGAGUGUGCUGAGCCUUUUUUGAUGACGUUGUUAAAAUGCAUGUUAGUGUAAC